GACUCUGCCACACAGCAACUUCAUAAGGAUCACUUGGUCUGCGUAACACUGAGGAAAACUCUGCUGUAACCGACGCCGAAGGUAACUCCAUUGACGUCAGUAUUUUACCCAUUUAGAUCUAUAAAUUCUCACCCUCACUGGUACUUUUCUCAUUUAACUUUCCAACUACCUAAAAGAUUACUUCUCCAGGCAGCUUGGAUGUGGUCCACAAUGCGAGUGCACGGGGCAUUCUUCAUGCUCGUACUUUUACAUCUUUUUACCAAAACCACUUCAGCAGGGGCUCUUGUUUCCAGCUGUGAUUCAUGUCAUGUGGAAUCCACCUGCUUGGAGUCACAAGAAAGAGGCGACUCUUUCUCCAGCCAAGUUCUCUCUUGUGUCUGUAAAGACGGUUUCGUAGGUGAUGGUCUAAGCUGCUACGACAUAAAACUCUGCAAUGACUCGUCGUGCUGUAGUCAAGGUUUCCACUGGUCACUAGACAGUGGAUGUGUGGACACUGACGAGUGCUCCCUCUCUAACCCGCCCUGCACGCCACCUGAGAUUUGCUACAACACACCAGGAUCAUUUGAAUGUCUGGUGCCUUCCUCCAGGACCAGAAUAACUCCCUCCUCUCAGUCGGUCCAGUUCAGCUGUGGACACACAGUUUGUCCUUUAGGCUGGGACUGCAUCCAAAGCAAUGGGACGGCUGAAUGUGCUGAUCCAUGUGACCUCUACACUGUACUGAAUGAUGACUGGCGUUCAACAAAAAACACUGGUCAUACAGACAUACACUGUGAUUACAAUAUUAACUGGCAGGGCUGGUAUCGCCUGUUGCUGGAAGAGACCAGUGCUCGUAUUCCAGAGAGGUGUGUAGAAACACACAGGUGUGGAACUCAUGCUCCUAUGUGGAUAACAGAACCUCAUCCAACAAAGUCAGAUGGGAUUGUAAAUCGCACAGUUUGUAAUUCCUGGGGAGGGAGCUGCUGUCUUUUCAGCUCACACAUCAUUCAUGUCAAACGCUGUCAUGACUACUAUGUCUACAAACUUGUUAAGCCAUCCGCAUGCAGCCUUGCAUACUGCACAGAGGUAAACGUAUCAGAUUCUGGAAUUUCUUCCACAACCCCUGACCCGAUAUCACAGACAUCUGCCGCAAAUCAGAUAAACACCACUACCACAACACCAGCAGACAACAGCACAGGAGUUGAGGGUCAGGUCCGUCUGGCCAAUGGAGGAAACAGCUCUUGCUCUGGCAGAGUGGAGAUCUUCCACAGUGGACAGUGGGGGACAGUGUGUGAUGAUUCCUGGGCCCUGGUUGAUGCUCAGGCGGUGUGCAGACAGCUGGGCUGUGGUAGGGUCCUAUCUGCACCAUCAAAUGCACAAUUUGGACAAGGAACUGGACCCAUCUGGUUGGAUGACGUCUUGUGCACAGGCAGCGAAUCACAGCUCUCUGAAUGUCGCCAUCGGGGAUUUGGAUUUCAUGACUGUAGUCACAGCGAGGAUGCUGGUGUCGUCUGUGAAGCUGCUUCACCAGUUAGACUGGUCAACUCUGACAACCGCUGCUCUGGCAGAGUGGAGGUCUUCCACAGUGGACAGUGGGGCACAGUGUGUGAUGAUUCCUGGGCCCUGGUUGAUGUUAACGUGGUGUGCAGACAGCUGGGCUGUGGAAGGGCUCGUUCUGCGCUCCAAAAUGCAGCAUUUGGACAGGGCAGCGGACCCAUCUGGCUGGAUGAUGUCAGAUGUUUUGGAAAUGAAUCAUCGAUAACGGACUGUGGACAUCUGGGGUUUGGAAUCCACAACUGUGGUCAUAAUGAAGAUGCCAGCAUCACCUGUGAAGUUCAACCAGGAAUAAAUAGCACAGUUUUUCCACCGACACCAGAACCAUCAAAUUUCCCAACACCUCCAGUGGUACGGAUCACCACUACCACAACACCAGCAGACAACAGCACAGGAGUUGAGGGUCAGGUCCGUCUGGCCAAUGGAGGAAACAGCUCUUGCUCUGGCAGAGUGGAGAUCUUCCACAGUGGACAGUGGGGGACAGUGUGUGAUGAUUCCUGGGCCCUGGUUGAUGCUCAGGUGGUGUGCAGACAGCUGGGCUGUGGUAGGGUCCUCUCUGCACAAUCAAAUGCACGAUUUGGACAAGGAACUGGACCCAUCUGGUUGGAUGACGUCUUGUGCACAGGCAGCGAAUCAGAGCUCUCUGAAUGUCGCCAUCAAGGGUUUGGAUCUCAUAACUGUGGUCACCACGAGGAUGCUGGUGUCGUCUGUGAAGCUGCUUCACCAGUUAGACUGGUCAACUCUGACAACCGCUGCUCUGGCAGAGUGGAGGUCUUCCACAGUGGACAGUGGGGCACAGUGUGUGAUGAUUCCUGGGACCUGAAUGAUGCUAAUGUUGUGUGCAGACAGCUGGGCUGUGGAAGGGCUCGUUCUGCGCUCCAAAAUGCAGCAUUCGGACAGGGCAGCGGACCCAUCUGGCUGGAUGAUGUCAGAUGUUUUGGAAAUGAAUCAUCGAUUACAGACUGUGGACAUCUGGGGUUUGGAAACCACAACUGUGGUCAUAAUGAAGAUGCCAGCAUCAUCUGUGAAGUUCAACCAGGAAUAAACAGCACAGUUUUUCCACCGACACCAGAACCAUCAAACUUCCCAACACCUCCAGUGGUAUGGACCACCACUACCACAACACCAGCAGACAACAGCACAGGAGUUGAGGGUCAGGUCCGUCUGGCCAAUGGAGGAAACAGCUCUUGCUCUGGCAGAGUGGAGAUCUUCCACAAUGGACAGUGGGGCACAGUGUGUGAUGAUUCCUGGGACCUGAAUGAUGCUAACGUGGUGUGCAGACAGCUGGGCUGUGGAAGGGCUCGUUCUGCGCUCCAAAGUGCAGCAUUUGGACAAGGCAGUGGACCCAUCUGGCUGGAUGAUGUCAGAUGUUUUGGAAAUGAAUCAUCAAUAACAGACUGUGGACAUCUGGGGUUUGGAAUCCACAACUGUGGUCAUAAUGAAGAUGCAAGUGCUGUAUGUGAAGUUCAGCAACCUUCACUUCAGCCCACCCAACUAAUCUGUGGCCGUGACAAACUCAAGGUAGGACUCCUUUUGAGUAGCCUGGUUUCUGCUGGUUUGGAUCCAUUCUCUGGCAACUUGGCUUCUCGCAAUUGCUCCUGGGUCACAAUACGCGAUGAUAUUGUUUGGUAUGAAGUGGAGACUAAGGCCGGUGCCUGUGGAAACAUCCUGAGUACCAACCGCACACAUGCCAUCUACUCCAACAGUUUAUUUAUCUAUCCAACUAAUGUAUCCUUUGCUGUUCCUGUGAGUCUUCCCUUCUCCUGCGCUUAUUCCCUGGACACAGACACCAGCCUGAACGUGGCUAUCAGACCAGAGCUAUCGUUGGCAGGUGGCAUUUCAGGUUCCGGUCCAAAAGCAAGAGCCUCAAUGUAUCUGUUUCGUGACUCCAGCUACACUGAGACUUAUCCUGCAGGCAGGGUUACCCUCCCUGUGGGCUCACCGCUGUAUGUGGGUGUCUUUGUGGACAGGAGAGACCCAAGCUUUACACUUGUUCUGGAAGACUGCUUUGCCACUCACUCAUCAAGCCCUAAUGAUCCCACACAAUACCCUCUGAUCCACAACAAGUGUCCAACAAGCCGCCAGCAGGUGUCAGUGACUGAGAGCGGCUCAUCCCUCCAGGCCCGUUUCUCUGCUCUGUUGUUCCCGUUCCAGGACGGAUACAGAGAUAUUUAUCUUCACUGUGGACUCAGCCUGUGUGACCGAAGAAUCUCCUACUGUGUUCCUAACUGCAGAAGCAGGACACAACGCUCUGUUUCCAGAUCUGCUUAUCUGAAGCCCAUCACCAUUGGACCAAUCAUUUGGGACAAGCCAGCAGAGUGACCUGCAGCAUCCAAUAAUAGACAUUUGGAAAGAUAUAUAUUUUUUAUUCAUAGUACAUAAAAUAAAAUGUAUUACACUGUAUAAUUAAAGUGUACCAUUCAUUAGUUCUACUGCCAUUGUUAUCAAACUAUUAUCAAAAUCAAUAUGUCACAAUAAAAAUUAGGGCACUAACA